GUUUUGAGUGUGACUCACGAACUUGAUGAAUAAAAAUAAACAUUACAAUUUACAUUUUAAGCCUUCCCAAAAUAAAUAUACUAUAUAAAAAGUUCUUAUUGUUUUCUAUUUCAUAUAUUAUUCCUUGCUUAUCUAUUAAAUAUGGGGUUAUUUGGAAAAUCUCCAGAGCGAAAUCCCAAGGAAAUGGUAAAUGAAUGGUCUCACAGGCUACGGAAAGAAGGAUAUAAUUUAGAUAGACAAAUUAGAGCAAUUCAAAGAGAAGAAGAUAAAAUAAAAAGAUCAUUGAAGGAAGCAGCAUCAAAGAAUGAUAAACAAGUGUGUACAAUAUUGGCAAAAGAAAUAAUCAGAUCAAGGAAGGCAAUAAGUAAAAUUUACACCAGUAAAGCACAUUUAAAUUCUGUACAGAUGCAGAUGAAAAAUCAAUUAGCCACAUUAAGAGUAGCUGGAGCCUUAUCGAAAUCUACAGAGGUAAUGCAAGCUAUGCAGGCAUUGGUUCGUCUACCUGAAGUGGCUCAUACUAUGCAAGAAAUGAGCAAGGAGAUGAUGAGGGCCGGCAUUAUCGAGGAGAUGCUGGAUGAGACCAUGUCUGCAGUUGAGGAUGAAGAGGAAAUGGAGGAAGCGGCACAGAGUGAGGUGGACAAGGUGCUCUGGGAGUUAACACAAGGGAAGCUAGGUGAAGCGCCGGCGCCUCCGAGUGCUGUUGCGGCACCUUCCACCAGUAAGCAAACGGAGGAGGAACCGGAUGAAACUGAACUAGAUGAAAUGCAGUCUAGGCUUGAAGCUUUGCGAUCGUAAUGAGGGAUUUGGACAGAAAUCGAAGUCACGAAGUAUUUAUUUCACGCUUUAAAUAUUGUUAAAACUGCGUAUGAUAUUCAAGACAUAAUGAGACAAGUGGUUGUGGUCGAAAUAGGUAUUUAAAGAUAAUGCUGGGCAAUCAGAUUGUCAAUUAAAUUGUUCAUUCUAUAUGAGAUGUUGAUGAAUUUCUAAUCGGAUGUUAGAAUAAACAGUUUGGUCGGCGCAACACCAUAAACUUGUACAUAUUGUAUUAAUAACCUAAAACACAUCAUCAGUUUCAUACAUACAGUCAGUUUUGCGAGGAACUUCUUGCAUCGCACAGCCACUUUGUGGAAUCGAUUACCGGUUGCAGUUUUCCUGAACCGAUACUACUUAGGAACCUUCAAGUAUUGAGCAUACUCCCAAGACCCUUAAAGACCGGCAACGCAUUCCUUGACCCCUGGUGUUGCAGAUGUCCGUAGGGCAUGUGAGUCUCUUUCAGAUGCCCUCUCUUAUAUAAAAAAAUAUGGACGAUGCGGGAUUAGAACUGUAAGUACCUACCGCUAAAACAAAUUCAAAUAUGCUUAUUAAAAAUAGGAAAUAAUAUCACUUAUUGAAAGUCAAAAACUGUCGCUCAUUCCAAAAAGUAUGCCUCAGACCUGAGAAGAACGGGCGCAACAAACUCUGCUGGUUUUAUUAAAUAUGUAAAAUGGUACAAUAAAAUUAAUUAUUUAAUAGCCCUUUGGCGGUCGCUCCAUUCAAAAUCGGUGGUAUCAAUCAGAAAGUAAUUUAUGUUACAGUAACCUUUACCACACAAACGUUUUUUAACAAUUCUUUUGAAAGUCGUAACACAUUUUGUUUUGAACAUUUUCUAGGAUCUUGUUGAAAAAGCAUAAUAUACUAAGCCAAUCCAAUCCGUAGUCCAAUACCCACAUCGUUCAUAAGUUUUAGUAUGUUUGUUCUACUCUCUUCAGAACCGGGAACACCCGCUGUUGUGGAGUGAGUGUUCAAUCAAUUCCACUCAAAGCUGUGGAAUGAGCUUCCUUGUCCGUUGUUUCCAGGACGAUACGACAUACGGACACAGCGCGUACACCUCCCUUUGAUUGCUGGCAACGCUCCUGUGAUUCCUCUGGUGUUGCAAGAGAAUGGGGGCGGCGGUGAUCACUUAACACCAUGUGACCCGUAGGCUCAUUUGUGCUCCUUUUCCAUAAAAAAAUGAGAUUUUGUCUCAUUGCGAAUGUAUUGUCGGCAGAGAUUGUCACUGAGAGAGCAUAACAAAUGUUAAAGUCAAAGUCAAAUAUUCUUAAAUUAAGCGGUUUUAAAUCGUCACUAUGAAUAUUUAGAUCUAUUUGAAUUACUGAAUCUACCUUAUGUUUGGAAAAAGUAGAGCUUGUGAGAAGAACAUACAAGUAACUCAACGGCCACACUUCUCAAUCAAAUACAGUAUUCAAAAUGGCUUUAAUAUACAAAACAAAUUAGUUUGUAAGGCGCUCCAAUAUAUCCAAUAUAUGAGUCGUGUUUAAACAAUUUCAUAUAAAUCAAUCAAUCAAUGAAAUUCUUUAUUUGCAUAUAAACAUGGUAUGUUACGAUGGUAUAAUGUUACAGUUUCACAUGUUGCGCCAGGCUUAACUAGGCAUGCAAAUUAAUUUAAUACAGUAAAUAGUAUAAGGUAAAUAACACAUAACAAGAUUAGAUGAUAUAUGUCUACACUACUAAAAAAUAAUACAGAAUUACAGACUCACAUAAUAAUAAAAUAAUAACAGACUAACAUAAUAAUAAUAAAUAUUGUCUAAUUAAUUAUUAACAAAAAGUUUAACAUUUUAUGUUAUGACAUUACUCGCGUUCAGAAAUUCAUUUAUCGUGUAAAAUAGUCGCUCACUUAACCAGUGUUUAAGUUUUUUCUUAAAAAGUAAUAAUAAAUAAAUAAUAAAAAUAAGUAAUGAAUAAUAAACUGUUAUUUAACAAAAUAUGGCUAACUACUAUUGCCUGAAAGGCUGGGCUGUAUAAAUAUAAAUUAUCGUGUAUUGGAUGCAUCAACCUUGUUGUUCUGUUGUUUAUUGCUUGACUUGUAACACAUAUUUAACAGAAUCUUUCAACUUUGGAGGGUAACGAUAGAAAGAACAAUCACUGUGUAUCAAAAUUGGCCGUUAAAAGCUAAACUAACUUUAAAUUCGAGCGGCCCUACAGUGUUAGGUAAAUUUUUAAAGGAAGCGAUCAUUUUAUAUCUUUUUCAUAUUUAAAUGUUAAGAGUUAUAUUAUGUGUUACUUCCUCUAAGAUCAAGAUAAAAUUUGUUACGUAUUAUCGGUAGUACAUAGUCUAAUGGCCGUUCCCAAUAUACUAUCUACAGAUAGAGAUAAAUUACAACCUUCUACUGUCAGAAAUUAGCUGUCAAUAAUCUGAAGCUGUCCCAAUACACCCGAUAAGUCAUUCUUAUCGCCUUAUAUUAACAAGCGUGAAUUGCAAUUUCCAUACAAACUUCUAUCGCUGGUAAGCUAUACGUCCUCCCAUUGACAGACAGCGUGUACGGAUAAGGUGAGUUACCGUCAAUAAGUUUAUUGGGACGGAAAAGUCGACGAUAGUUACGAUUUUUAUCUCAAGUAGGCCACAACCGGAGAUAGACUGAAUAUUGGGAACGGCCGUAAUACUAUGGUUUUAUUUAGUUGUAUUUUAGUCUACUGAAGACGCAUUACCUGAUGUGGCGCUUUCGGAUGUGACCAUCUCUUCCCCAUACGUGAUUUGAUGUUAUUUAUAAUAUACUUAUAGGUAGUAGGUAUUGUUGUUAAAUGAAAUUCACAGAGUUGUAUGUGUUAUGUAGGUAUUGUUAUAGAUAUAUAUUAAACGAGUGUAAUCACUACACAGUCCCAUACAAUGGCGAUGCCAGGAACGUGUCAGACUAAAAUAUAAUCGUUAUAUUAGGAUAAUGCCUUCGUAUUCAUGUGAUAUGUGUGCCGAAAGUGCGUCAUUCAUUUCGUACAAAUGCGGAAAAGUUAUAUAUAAAUGUAUUAGGUAGGUAUCUACUAUGUUGUUUAGCAGAAAAAAUUAUGAAAUUCCAUUAGAAUUAUAGAAUAAAGUCAAGCCACACAGAAUAAUACAAGCAAAACAAAAGAAUUACAGAGGUUAGAGAAAAAUAAUGAAACAAUUCCGCCAAAAAAAUCUUAAAAGCAAAAAAAACAUAAAUAUAUUAAUGUAUAAUGUUCUAGUGAUGUUUUAAUUAUUUAAAAGUACUGUGUAGCAGUCAUUGUUAUCAAAAGUAACUGCCUCAGCGUCAUGAUGCCUUGGUAUAAUACCAACACAGCGCUGAUUUUCAGUAGUCCCCUGGUGACCCAUGGAGUAACUACUAUAUCCAAACGUUUUGCGUUUUCUUGAGUAUAAAUUCCGCCAAUAUUUGUCUUCAAACGAUUCAACUCGUGUGUCGCCUCUACACGAGGCAUCCUUAGGAGAUAUUGACUCGCCAAACUGGCACGAGACUCGUCGAGUCGAAUAUUGGCGGAAUUAUCACUCAAUAAAACUCAAAACGUGUAGAUAGUUAUGGAUUUCCGUAAAAUAAGGCCUACUACAAUAAAUUUUCGUAACUAAGGUACUUAAAAAACGUCCAUAUUUUUUUUUACAGUCACAUUUUUUUUGUCCAGAAUAUAAGUACAUAAAUAUUAAAAUAAUAGUAUUUUUAAGUAAAUAAAAUAAAUUAAACGUGUUUUCUAAUUUGCUAUCUGAUAGCUAUAUUUUACAACAGGUGUAACAAUCGCAGAGCCGUCGCGUGCCAUGCAAAUAAUAUCAACAUUAAUAAUUAUGUUUGAUACGCUAGUGAUAAGAUCUAGUAUGCCUAAUUUAUACUUUGAUAAAAGUGACAUUUGACUAAAGUGAGUGAUUAGUAAUCGGCUUAGUACAAUAAAAAGAGUGUUCUAUUUUUUUUGCGAAUAGCCAUGCCCCAAUGGUAUCUUUAAUUUUCAUUUGCAAAUCGCAGCGUGCCUACCUACCUAUAGGAAACUUGAGGUAAUAAUGUGGUGACGUAUUUAUUCCUAACUAAAUAAGCGCAGCAAACAGUUUAAGCAGAAUAUCUGCGCCUAUGUCUUAAGGUCUGUUCAAACUGAGGCGAAUAACGGGGACGCGGUACGGAAGUCGCUCGCGCCGAAUAUGUCAUCUAACUUGUAUGGACAUGUUCAAAUUGACGCGAGUAGUCGCUCAAGUUGAAGCGAAACAAGAGCGGUACAGUUUGAUCUCACAAUGCAUGAUGUUACUCCACUGAAGAACCAAAAAUGACACGCGGGAAGUCGCGUUAGUUUGAGAGGCUAAGCGAGCGAGCGAAUUACUCUAAAACGCGUCCCGCGUCCCACGCGUUAUUCGCCUCCGUUCGAACAGAGCUUUAGACGCUCGAGUAGUAUAUCUCAUGCUCUCAGCGCGAGAGUGAGGUUGAUUGUCACGUCUCGCCCCUUCGCGUCCUUUGACUCACGCCCGAAAAGCCGACACGAAGCGAAGCGCCAGCGAGGCGAGACGAGGGAAGAUGAGGGACAUGAGCACACCGAUCCUCACGCUCGCACUGCCGUUCCAUCGUGUAGCCUGUUGGGGUCUGGAGCGGGCAUCAAAGGAACUAGGAGCAAUUUCCCCUGUGCUAGCACUCCGGCCAAGUGUAGGUAUAAAGAAUCGACUAUACUCAAACAUUCCUUCCGUAUAUUAUUAUUUUGUUGUAUUAGACACCACUCACGUUGCAUAUUUGAACUCAUUACUCACAAUAAUCAAUACUAGCCUUUAGGCAUAGAAGUCCGUGCCAGGUUUCUUUCUGUGCUUGAUGUGUCGAUAGUACGUCAUGGUAUGGUACUGUGCAGUAGAGACACGUUAAAGAUGUAAUUAUAAAUUAUGUUCGUUUAAUUUUAAUUAAAUUUACUUUGCCGUUUAACUAUGUCACAUUGUUAUAGGUAUUCCUUUUUAUAAUUUUGAAUUACGAUUUGUUAUACGGAUAUUCCUAUACAAAAAUAUUUUAAGGAGGUAGUUCUAUAUUUAUUGUUUUUCUUCAUUGAAACCAUGACAUGCAAAUGGCUUUAAAAUUUGAGAGUUUGUAACAUUUUUACUUCAGAUCGUAGGUAGAGAGCGUUUUCGUGAAAAUCUAUUCUUUUACUUUCAAAAAUACAAACGACUUUCUGGAUUUUAUUAUUUGAUUUAUAAUUUGCAAUCGUGUAGUCUAUUGUUGGUUUCAUUUUUAUAGAAAAUAUUGUUUCAAUGAUCAUUUCCAACAGCAUAAUGAAUGGGUCAAAGAAAAAAACUAUUGACACUUAAAAGUACCUACUAAUCCUAGAUUUACUUUGAAUUUUCUUAUUUACGAGCUUCAUAAGCUUAACAGAUAAUUGUUAUAAUAUUUGUAUAUAAUAAAUUUUAACACAAAUAA